AUGAAGAGGCGACACGGGCGCAUUCCAACCCCGCUUUAUCCGGUUCCUCCUGCUCCUCCUCUCCCCCCUCCACCUCCAGCUCCUUCUCCGUGGGAGGCGAGGCGAAAGGGAGAGGGUUUGGUGACACCCCAGGCUACCGUGGACCACCGAGGGCAAGAGAUGAACUCACCAGAAAUUCAACUGGACAAUCCAUUUCAAGCCAAGACCAAGGAUGAACACGAAAGGCAGUCGUCUGUGCGAUACGAUCACUUCAUCAUGACCACUCUGUUCCACCUGCUGUAUCACCUCGCAACCACUGAUGAUGUCUCACGAGGCGAAUGCAGGCGAGAGCACAAUCCGCCACUCGGAGCGAAGGUCAACCUGCUGAAAGAUACGCAUUCACGUACAACCGUGGUCAUUGUGCAGGGGGAUUGUGAAUUGAUUCGUGCAUCGAGAACUGCGUUAAAUACCCGUCGAGACGUCUUCCAUGACACUAUGCGAAGGAUUCAGUUUAAUCACCCAAUUGACACCUUUCCUGCUUCUUCUUCUUCUUCAUCCACGACUGGCACUAAUUGCACACAACUUCUGACUGCCUGGUGA